CCCAAAGGGUGGGACUUCUGUCAGGCUGUGGAAUGAACCUUAAAGUCUCCCUAAAGCCUGAGCUACAUAACUUAAUCAGACCAGAUCUCAGUUGAGAAAUUCAUGAAACAUUGUUGUGGACUUCACAAGAAGCUGAUUUUUAGCUAACAAAGCCCACCAUAAUUUGUGGGUCCAUGCAUCUAAUAUCUUCCUUUUCCUCAUUAGAAAUAUGUGUACUCAAGGAACCACCAAACGGCUUUUUCACUGAAAGAAGAAACCAAUUUAAUUUGAAUGACAAAAUAUCAUAUCGCUGUCGUUCUGGCUUCACAACUCCACAAGGACUUGAAAUAGGUGAUAUACAAUGCCAUGAAGAAGGGUGGAAGCCUGAACCAAAGUGUAUCAAGACAUGCCAAGUACCAACUCAAAAUAAUGAAAUCUUUAACACAAGUCGAAUCGGUUUUCUUCAAUACAUGCGAAGGUUCCUUCUGGAGAACGGGCUACUUGACCCUAGAACAACCAAUAUCAGCACAGAGGACGUGGUGAAAUUUUCCUGCCGCAGAGGCUACACAAGAGUUGGGCCUGACUCUGCCCAGUGUUAUCAUUUUGGAUGGUCUCCACAGCCCCAACGUGUAAAGGUAAAUUUCAUCGUAUGCAGGGAUUACAUUCCUUACUACCAUGUGUAUAGCAAAAUUAUCACAAGUCAUCCUUGUCAGCCACCCUCCAGCAUUACUGAUGGUACUAUUAGCAGUGACCUUCAGGAAGAAUAUAAACAUGGAGAAAAGGUGGAAUACAAGUGUGAUAUUGGAUUUGCAAUGACUGGAUCAAAGUUAAUUGAGUGUGUGGAUGGACAGUGGACAUCUUUACCACUCUGCAAAGAGGAACCCAGAACUUGUGAAGCACCUCCAAACAUUAGAAAUGGACGCUCUGUCACUGUUGACUCAGAUACAUAUCAGCAUGGCGAAACUGUGUCGUAUGAAUGUAAUGAAGGUUUUUUCAUUGUUGGAACUAAAGAAGUUGUGUGUCUGCAUGGACAGUGGGAGUUACCAUUAUGUAUUGAUGUUGCAGCAAAAUGUACCCGUCCACCGAAUGCAGAGUUUGUACCACUUGCUUCUCUGGAGAAAAGGUUUAAUCACAACAACGUUGUAACCUACACCUGUGGUUCCUAUCAGCAUAAAACAAAAUGUGUUAAUGGAAAAUGGUCACCUGAUCCAGAAUGCACAGCAUUCUGUCCACCACCACCUCAGCUUCCCAAUGCAGUUGACAUAACUGAUAUGAGAAACUACAAGAGUGGUGAGGAGAUAAGCUUCAGGUGUCAGGAGAACUUCCUUCUUCAAGGGCCACGAAAAAUAAAAUGUGACAAUGGAAAGUGGCAAACCCCACCACGCUGUUUUGAUGCAAGAUGUGGAGACCCCCCUGCAAUUGACCAUGGUGAGGUAAAUAUUAGUUCCCAGAGAAAGUAUCUUUCUGGUGAAAGUGUGGAGUAUCAUUGCCAUGAAGGUUUUGAACUUGGGGGAUCAAGUACUUCAACAUGCAAAAAUAGGGAGUGGUCCCCACCACCAACUUGCAGAGAAAAGUCAUGUGGGAGCCCCCCCAGACUCAUUGAUGCUGCAUAUGAAGGAUUGAUAAAAACUCACUAUGAGCCUGGGGAGAUAUUACAUUUCAAGUGCAUACCAGGUUAUGCUACAGAAGGACCGCGGAAUAUCACAUGCCAAAAGGGAAAGUGGUCAAAAGCUUCAACCUGUGAAGAUGCAACCUGCAGAGAGCCCCCUGCAGUUGCCGGUGCGGAAAUUGUGGCAGGGACAGCAGAGACCUAUCUGCCUGACCACGAGGUGUAUUAUCAGUGCCACGAAGGUUUUGAAAUAUCUGGAUUGGCUAAUGUAACAUGUCAAAAUAAAGAGUGGUCAGAACCACCGACAUGUGUAGAUGUAACAUGCCCUCCCCCACCUCGGAUUGCUAACGGUCAGGUUAUUACUAAUCUCAAGCAAAGGUACUUGCCUCUUGAGAAGGUGCGCUAUCGCUGUUUCCAGGGAUACAGCCUUUUUGGAGCUUAUACAGUAAAGUGUGUGAACAAAGAAUGGACAGAAUCACCAAGUUGCAUAGCUGCUGAGGGAAAAUGUGGUCCUCCACCUCCUAUUGAAAAUGGAGACUUUCUGGGCACGGCAACUUCGGAAUAUAUGCCAGGGGCAAAAGUACGAUAUAAAUGCCAAGCUCUCUACAAUAUGCAAGGAAAUCAAUAUGUACGAUGUGACAACGGGCAUUGGACAGAUACACCAACAUGCAGAGCUCCUUGUACAGCAACUGAAGAAGAUAUGAAUCAGAACAAUAUACAGCUGAAGUGGGCACCCCAUAAGAAAAUCUAUUCCGCAUCUGGAGACGUGACAGAAUUUGCCUGCAAACGGGGCUUUUGGCCAGAUCCAUCCUCUCCUCCCUUCAGAGCCACAUGCACAGAGGGCAAGUUGGACUACCCAAGAUGUAUACGUAGACAACAGAAAUAAUUGAAAGAAGCAUAAAGAAGAUAUUUUUAACCUGCACAUGAUCUUCAAAAGUCAUUCAUUAAUUACAUUUAAUAAUAAUAAUAAAUCAAGCUGUUUCUUUGCAAAUAGAUUUUCCAUGGAUUCAAGGGUGCCAACUUGAAUAAAAUAUUUUUUUGGGGGGGAAUAAGCCCUGACCCACAGAAUAAAUCACAUGAUGGGGAACACCCCCCCAUUUGAAUUGCAAUGGCCAUCAACUGGGGAGGCAUCCCCCUCAAAAAAAAUUUGGCCCGAGGAGCUGGCUCCUGUGCAUGGAUUCAUGCAGCUGCUCAUGAAUCUAAAUUUGGAAGCCUACUUCAUGGAAGCUGCACUUUAAACUUUUAUGGAUGGAUAAAGUUAUAGAAUUACUAUAGACAUAGUGCAGUCCACUUUUAAAAAUAAACAUUAUGUCUGGCAUUAAAGAAAGGAAAGAAAUGCACCAGGAGACAAGAAUCCAAGACUUUUGGGUAAACAUUUCUGACUCUGGACCUUUGAACUGUCAGUCAGGACUAGUAGUUCUAAAUAAUACAUUGGCUGUGUAAAACUGCAAUGAUUUUUUAAAGCCUGUAGGGAUAUUAUGUUCAAUAAGAAUAAAAGCUAUUAUUU